UACACCAAACACUUGUCGUUGUCAUAUCAUAUCAUUCAUUGACAGAAUCUUAUGUACGCGGCUAUUUAUAUUGUAAUCCAAUGGAGUUCAGUUUUUGACUUGUGAUCGGUUUUAAUUGUUGUCUGAGUGAUGUGCACAUCUUGUAAAAGUGAUAUGAUGGGUUUGUGGACGAAAUGGAUUGUACUUACAGUAAUAUUAGCUUAUUUUCAAAUAGCCGCUGGAGUCGAGCUAACCUUCGAAUUGCUUGAUAAUGCCAAAGACUGUUUCUACGAAGAUAUUAAAUUAAAUACAUCUGUGUCACUUGAAUUCCAGGUGGUAACAGGAGGGUCAUACGAUGUAGAUGUUACCCUGGAAGAUCCGACGAGAGAGAUAAUCUAUCGACAAGUCAAGUCUCAGUUUGACACCCACAUGUUCACCACAGUCAAGGAAGGCACGUACGCCGUGUGUUUCAGCAAUGAGUUCUCCACUUUCAGUCACAAGCUGGUCUACAUGGAUCUCCAGGUCGGGGACGAACCACCGUUGCCAGGGGUGGGGGAACACGCCACCGUUAUGACACAGAUGGAAAUGUCUGCUCAAGAAAUCCACCAGUCUCUGAAGAGCAUCAUUGACUAUCAGACGCACCACCGGCUACGAGAGGCUCAAGGGAGAAAACGAGCGGAAGAUCUCAACGAUAGAGUAUUUUGGUGGUCGCUCAUGGAAACUGUCUUGAUCCUUUUUGUAUCCAUAGGCCAAGUAUUUAUAGUAAAAAAUUUUUUCACAGAAAGAAAACCGACAACAUACAACCGGUUAUAGGAUUAAAGUGUUAAACGUUUUGUUGAUUGUUUAUACUUAAGUCUUCUUUCUCGGUUAAGACUGAGUGAAAGGUUUUAGGUUAAGAACACCAUCUCAUAUUUAUACAGUACACUUAGCAGUUCAUUAGUAGUAGUUUCAUUGGAUUGUUCAUGGAUAUAAAUUUCAAGUAGUUUUCCCACUUGUCUGUUAGGUUGUGAUGUGAAUUUUCAUGUUCUUCGAGUUCCAGUAUUGCUAAGUCAAUUCAAUUUUUCAAACCGUUUUUUGAUGUGCAUUGAAGUGUUUUGUAAUUGUGAAUAAAAAACUGAAAAUUAACAAAAUUCAUACUAGGUAUCCAGGGAAAUUUUAGAAUACUCACGCCAAAGUAAAAACCUUAAUAUAUUUGUCGUGAUCAAUUUGAUUCAAUUGAAAGGGUCAAGUUCAAAAGGAAAAUCAUUAUUCACUUUGUUUAUAUUUGUACGGUUUAGUUCAUGUACCUAAUUAUUAUAUUACAUUUUUCUAAUUGUUUUGUUUUCACCCAAAGUUUAUCUUAAGUUUUGACACAAAGUUAGAUUUUUUGUUUGGUAAGCUACACAUACGCAAAAUAUUUUGUUUACAUAUUACAACUAAAUUAUAUGAGAUUUUCUGGUUUUUAUGGGUAUGAUUUUCAUGUGAAUUAAUUCUGUAUCUAUCUUAUAUCUUAAUAUUGUGUGUUAGACUCUAGAAAUACUUCAAUAAAGCUUGGAAACCUAAUUUUACAAUUGUUGUUAGGUAAUGUUUAGAUCAAUUGGCUUGCUGUUAAAAUAUCUUGGGAAGCAAAACAGUUUCUAUUUCAAGUGCCAAGAUUUGUUCAUGUGCUAAGAAUAGGAGCCCUCCUAUUUUUGGUAAAGAGUCAAGGAAUAAUUUUGACAGGUUGAUUUGAAUUAUUUGAAAUUUGUCCUAUUAUUUAUAGCAACUCAAAUUUUAUUGAACUGUCUCCAUUAUUAAAAUAUCCAGUGUACAGGCUAUAUUUAUUAAAUAUCCAUCAUUUAGUUUGAUAAAAACUAUUUCAACAUCUUGAGAAAAUAAUAAUAAUGUGAACAUUCUUAGAACAGUAAAGACACAAUUUUAUUAUUUCAUGAUUGAAAAAUAUUUUUAUUUCCAUGUUCUUGUACUUUUUGAACACAUUUCAUCAUCUAAAAUUAACUAUCCUAUACUAUGAUUUCAAUCAUAAUAAUUUAUUACAUCUUUUAAGGGAAAUAGUGACAGUUUAGUUUAACAAUUAUUUACAAUCAGUGAAACCACAAAAAAAUGGUAGCUGACCCUUGAAAUUAAUAUCAACUCAUAUUUUGUGGACUGCAAUUUUAAGAACCUAGUGAGGACACCUUUUAGGGGAAUCCUUUAAUUUUGAAUACAGUUUAAUGAUGUGUGUUUAUUGCUAAACAAGUUUAUAUUAUUCAAAGGUUUGCUAAAAUCUGAUUCCUUUAAGACCAUGGAUGGUAUUUGUUACUAUAAUUGUUCAUACCAUAUCUUAACAGGGUGAGGCACAAAGGAAUCAUUCCCGUUUACAAAUUGUGUCCUAAUCUAUUUCAAGGGCAAACAAACUUGCACAUGUUGAAUACACUGUGCUAUUUAUUCUUCCAACAUUUUUGACACAUAGGUGUACAUAAUGCAAACAUAGUGUGCAAGUGGCCAUUUUGAAUGUUGUUGCUUUAGUAUUAAUUUCUUUAUAUAUGGGAUAAGUUGUGUAUAUUUUGUGAAUAUGAUUAGUUUAAUUCAAGUGGUUUCUACCAGUGAUUUUUGGCUGAUGUGUUUUUGUUUAUUUUUAUUUUUUGGGGUGCUAUCAUUGAAUAUUUGUUAGCAAGACAUAUAAAAUAUUUUUAGCAUUGUCCAUGGGGUCUGACAUAAAGGGGUUUUUACGUUAUGGACGUUAGUUUAACCUUGGACUGUGUUGAGUUCAAUCAUUGGUUCUUAUAACACAUAGUUUAUAAGCAAAUGUUUGUGUUUUGUACAAUUUUAUAUACACUUAGGCCUUUUUUCACACUGGAUGAAAUGCAACGUUUUUGUCAUUGCAGAGUUCCGAUUUGUUCUCUAAUGCUGCACCAGUGUUACAAAAAUCAUUUUGGGUCUGUAAACUAAGGCAGAUUCGUGGUAUAGUAUCUGUGUGAAUUUGUAUUAAUUUGCUAAGCAUUGUUUCACAAGCCACAUUCAUUGAUUUAUAAACCGCUAAAUGAUCAUCAAAGCCAAAGAUCACUUGUCUUUAUGAUUAAUAUGUAAAAUAGGCCUAUGUAGAGUAAUUUAUACAUUGCCAUUUUCACCAAAAAUCUACUUACUGUUCAAUGACAUUUAAAAUUGUCAGAAAUGCCAUAAAAUAUAGUAAUUUUACUCUAAAACAUUCCUUAACCUCAUCAUACCUAACUCAAAAACAUCUGGUAAAUUGGUUUAAUUCUGUUAUUACUUCAUCAAACAACCUUAGACAUUUUAUAAAUUUACUUUUACUAACAAUGACAGCUGUUCUUUGUUUACAUAGUUGUUUUUAAUAUCAGAUAAAAUACUCUUCGUUACAUAGAUUUACCAUCUUUAUAGAACAGCUGAAGACAAUUUUGAGGUUUGUUCAUUCCUAAUUCUAAAGUCAGAUACUUUGUUCAGUUGUUGUUUACUAUUUGCCUCUUGAUGUUUAAUGAACUUUAAAAACAUAUUUUAACUGACAGAAACAAGAUAUUUUUAUAGGAGUACUUAUCUUAAAUUAUAACCAAAGAAGAAGGUACAAACUGUAAUAUAUUCUCUAAAAUGAGAGAUAAAUGUUAAGUCAAUAUCAGCACUUUCAAACGUGACCAACAUUAAACACAAAAACUGUUUUUAUAUUUUGGAAUAUAAUGAAAAGAGUACUUAAAAUGAUCAGAUUCAAUUACAUCCUGUUUGCCAUGAAAUCAAUGAAACAGGCUGUUUAGGACAGUUCUUAAAUUAAAGUAAAACUAUUAUCUGAAGGGUUA